AUGGAGAAUCGGAGGAGAUCGCUUCCCUCCCACCUCAUCUUCCAUCCGCCAGCUCGUGGUGGAGCAAAACCUGCGUUGUCCUCCGAACCAUCCACCAGCGCUGCCUCCUCCGAGCAGCCCGUCGCACCUCCCGAACUUCCCAAGAUUUGCUGGGAGUUCUUGGAGCGGCAUCGCCAGCCACUUGUGGCCCCGGCUUCGAGCUCCGUGGUUGCUGCCGUCUCCGACGGCAUCUGCUCGCCCUUCUCCCUGCGCGGGGGUGUCGAGGCGAGGGUGGAGGAGCGAUGCUGGCUGGGGGGAGGCACAUCGGGCCCCACUGAGUGUGCCAGGUCAGCGCAGGCACCGGGGCUGCGGCUGAGCCCGGCCGAGGCCCUGCUGGCUUCGCCUCUGCCUCGCGACCGGGCUCCCGGGGCUGGGCAGAGCCGCACGACGGUCAGGAAGGAGGAUUUUUGGCUCCUGCUUCUUUCCAGGGGCCCGGGGACGCUGGCAAGGGCAGCUCUGGUGACGUCUCCAUGCAAGAUCCUCAAGUGCAACUCUGAGUUCUGGGCGGCCACGUCGGGCUCCCACCACCUGGGCGUGGAGGAGGCGCCGGAAUUCUGCACGGCGCUGCGCGCCUACGCGCACUGCACCCGCCGCACCGCCCGCACGUGCCGCGGCGACCUGGCCUACCACUCCGCCGUGCAUGGCAUAGACGAUCUCAUGGUGCAGCACAACUGCUCCAAGGAUGGCCCCACGUCCCAGCCCCGACUCCGGACAUUGCCCCCCGGGGACAGCCAGGAGCGGUCCGACAGCCCCGAGAUCUGCCACUACGAGAAGAGCUUCCACAAACACUCGGCUGCCCCCAACUAUACCCACUGCGGGCUCUUCGGGGACCCCCACCUCAGGACUUUCACGGACACUUUCCAGACCUGCAAGGUGCAAGGGGCUUGGCCACUCAUAGACAAUAACUACCUGAAUGUCCAGGUCACCAACACGCCAGUGCUGCCUGGCUCCACGGCCACUGCCACCAGCAAGCUCACCAUCAUCUUCAAGAGCUUCCAGGAGUGUGUGGACCAGAAAGUGUACCAGGCAGAGAUGGACGAGCUCCCCGCUGCCUUUGCUGACGGCUCCAAGAACGGUGGGGACAAGCAUGGAGCCAACAGCCUGAAGAUCACUGAGAAGGUGUCGGGCCAACACAUCGAGAUCCAGGCAAAGUACAUUGGCACCACCAUCGUGGUGAGGCAGGUGGGCCGGUACCUCACCUUCGCCGUACGCAUGCCGGAGGAGGUGGUCAAUGCUGUGGAGGACCGGGACAGUCAGGGCCUCUACCUGUGCCUCCGCGGUUGUCCGCUCAACCAACAGAUUGACUUCCAGACCAUCCGCUCGGCUCAGGCCACUGAGGGUCGUGCCCGUAGGAAGGGACCGAGCCUGCCGGCCCAUGAAACGGCCACGGCCAAGUGCAGGGAGAAGCUGCCCGUGGAGGACCUCUACUUCCAGUCCUGCGUCUUUGACCUCCUCACCACAGGAGAUGUCAACUUCAUGCUGGCUGCUUACUAUGCCUUUGAGGAUGUGAAGAUGCUUCACUCCAACAAAGACAAGCUGCACCUCUAUGAAAGGACACGGGACCUGGCCCCGGGCAACACGGCCGCCCCGGGACCGCCCCCUGCCCUCUGGGUAGCACUGCUGUGUUUGAGUCAGUGUUGGUUGGGCUUCUUAUAG